CGCGUUCGAUUUGGUUGAUUGGAGCUUGCUGCAGGACUCGCUCGAGGACGCGGAUGCAAUCCUCGACCCGCAGUGGCUUGCGCAAGGCGCGACCACCUUCGCGGAUGAUUAUUUGCUUCAGGAUACAGCAGUGUCAUACCGAGAACUUGAGCGUGCACAUCAUCGCUUCGCCUCGGUCUUGGAUGCGCUUAUUGACCAUGGCAUGAAGAUCAAUACCCAAAAGUCAGCGUUCCUGAUGCGUCACAGAGGCCACUUCGCGCGCAAAUGGCUGAAACAGCACCUAGUCCGCACACCGGAGGGGUAUGUCAUCCGGAUCCGCACUCCCAAGGCUCGACUAUUUGAAUUCCCGCUGAAGGACAAACAUGUCUACCUGGGAGUCGUCAUCGGCUACCACUCACCGUCCAAACAAACGGUCACCCACCGUUUGCAAGAGGCCAACGGCACGUGGCAGCGCCUCCGGAAAAUAUUGUGCUCGCAAUCCUCUCUCCCCACACAGGAGCGGGUCAAACUUUGGCAGUCCACCGUCCUGCCAACCAUGCUCUACGGCGUGGCAGCCUCAUCCCCGGGACAUAAGGACAUUCAGCGUAUGCAGCAUGUGGCCACAAGGCACCUUCGGGCCAUUACCAGAUCAUUCGCCCACUUGAGCAAGGAACCCACCGCCACGCUGCUUGCCAGGAUCGGGGUUCAGCCACUUCAGCUCAGACUGGCGUCCGAAGCCGAGUCACUGUGUCAUACCCUUCUUAACUUGCAGAACCAGCUCCACCCGCUGGCAGCAGAGGUCAGGGACAUGGUCCGAGAGACGGCCGCCUCCUUGCAGGCUAAAUGUGUGAUAACUGGGGAAGAGACGGAGCCUGCGGAUGCCGCUGGCCUGGAAGCAUACACCUGUCAGGACUGUGGGGAACAUUUUCGGAUUGCCAAUCUGCGCCUUCUGCCACCACGACUUCAGAAGGUGGCACAAUCUUUCCCAGCAUAUUCGAUGGCACAGAUGCCACGCCUGGAGGCCUCAUCCUCCCCGCCGCUCAUCCAGUGGCAGCUAGUUGCCCAUGCUCUGGCCAAAGGUGCAUGGACUACACUACUGAACCAAUCCUCGGUCCAGGAGUAUCUUAAGCAUAGGAUCGACAUUGGUUCCAGUGCCCUGUUCUUAGUAUCUGCGCCUACCUGCAGAUUCGCCAUGACUCCGUCGCCCCAAGUGGACAUGGACCUGGAUCUCGAGGAGACCCAGUUCUUUCAGAGAUUCUCCACCAAGAGAGGAUUGGAUCUGAAGGCGGAGGAGAGCCAGAAAAGCCAGAGAACGGAAGCAGGCAGAGAGCCCAAAGGCAAGGGAAAGGGCAAAAGCAAGGGGAAGACGGGGGGAAAAGGCAAGGGAAAGGGCAAGCAAUUGCCCAAACCGACAUGGUCCAGCCAAUGGGAGGACUACGCCGAUGGUUACGGCCAGCACGGACCCCCGUGGACGGGCUCGCACGACAACCGGCCGGAGGAGCACCUGCAAUACCAUCUCAGGAAGCUCACCCAGGUGGUUCUCAGACAGGAACGCACCCUGGCUUCGGUUCGCCAGGACCUGGUCAUGCACCUUUUCGUGAAAACGGGGGAGGACAGUGGGAAUAUAAUCCCCACACUCUUCAGAGCAGCGGAAGUGUGGCGAGAGAUGAAGGAGCAAGAGCCGGCCAAGAUCCAGUACUCCUUAAAGAUCAUGUUGUUCAAGCAGCUGCUCAUGAGCCUCCACGAGCGGCUCCAGGAGACGGCAGCAAAUCAGGAGGCCAUGAAGGCGGCCCGGGAUCUGAACUGGAUCGACGGCCACCAGCAGUGGCAAGUCCUGCGUUGGUGUGCCGAGACCCAGCAGCUCAAGCUCGUACCACAGGCGGCCACCAAGUCUACCGAGGACCUACUCAGGCAGCUUGUGGAGAUCAGGAAGAACGUGACGGAGGAGACCUUACACCACUUCAAGAGCGUCCGCAAGCUGGUGCCCAAUCCGACAACGCAGUGGGUACAGUUCCAGGUCGAGGUCUCUCUCAGGCCGGGCGGUCACCCAAUAUGGACCAUCCUUCAGGAAUGGGUGGGCAUGGCGGCAUGGCACACAAUCGGUUGCCGACUCCGUCGAGAUCGCCCGGGCUACGACAAUGCGAUCGACGAGCUGUACCAGCUGAACCGGUGGUGA